AUGGCGCUCCCGAUCAAGUUCCAGGAGCAUCUGAACUUGCUAGCCUUGGGCAUAAAGCAAACGGCGGUGACAUUUAACACCCUGACCAUGGAGUCGGACAAAUACAUCGUCAUCCGCGAAUUGGUUGGUGACAGCAACCAGGUCGUCAUCAUCAACAUGGCCGACCCGAAUAAUCUGACGCGUCGACCCAUCCAGGCGGACUCGGUCAUCAUGAACCCCAAUCGUCCAAUUAUGGCUCUAAAAGCGGGGACCACUCUCCAGUUGUUCAACAUUGAAAGCAAGGCUCGCGUGAAAAACCAUACCAUGCCCGAGGAAGUUAGUUACUGGAAGUGGGUGAAUGAGGAGACGAUCGCUCUUGUCACGGCUACUUCCGUCUACCACUGGAGCCUGGAAGGCGAAGGGACUCCGAUGAAGGUCUUCGAGCGCCACUCCAACCUCCAUAGCCAUCAAAUCAUCAACUACUGCGCUUCGAGUGACCUGAAGUGGCUGUGCCUCGCUGGGAUUGCUGCUAAAGACGGAGCGAUCACUGGCCAGCUGCAACUAUACAGCACCGAGCGUCGCGUAUCGCAGCCGAUUGAUGGGCAUGCUGCAUGCUUCCUGCAAUUCAAGGUCGAAGGCAACCCGCAUCCAAGCAAUCUGUUCUGCUUCUCUUCGCGCAAUGAAACGGGCGGCAAGGCGCAUAUCAUCGAAGUGGGAACGCCCGCACAAGGAAACCAGGCGUUUGCCAAGAAGCAGACCGAUGUCCCUUACAACGCUGAUGCGGCCGCUGAUUUUCCCGUCAGUCUCCUGGGGAACGGCGCACAUGGUAUUCUCUACAUGGUCACCAAGCACGGCUUCAUGCACCUAUUUGAUGCGGAGACUGGUCUGCGGAUCUAUUCGAACCGCAUUUCGACGGAGACAAUCUUCGUAACCUGCGAAUAUUCCCAAACGAAGGGUAUCAUGGGCGUCAACAGGAAGGGACAGGUGCUUUCCGUGUCGAUUGACGAGAACAACCUGGUCCCUUACCUGACGCAGCAGAUGUCGAACCCAGACUUGGCCUUGAAGCUCGCUGUUCGAUGUGAUUUGGCCGGUGCUGAUGAGCUCUUCGUCCGGAAGUUCAACAUGCUCUUCGGCAAUGGAAAUUAUUCGGAAGCAGCGAAGAUUGCCGCGACUGCACCGCAAGGAAUCCUGCGAACCCCUGCGACGAUCCAGCGUUUCCAACAGAUCGCUGCCCCUCCAGGCCAGCAAGCGCCGCUUCUUCAGUACUUCAGCAUCCUCCUCGAACAAGGCAAGCUGAACAAGUAUGAGACGCUGGAGCUGUGCCGCCCGGUGGUUGCGCAGGGCAAGAAGGAACUGUUGCAAAAAUGGCUACAGGCACAAAAGCUCGAGUGCUCGGAGGAGCUAGGAGAUCUCGUGAAGCCGUACGAUGUGACCCUUGCUCUAUCCAUCUACCUGAGGGGAAACAUCCCGAAUAAGGCUGUGCAAUGUUUUGCGGAGACUGGACAAUUCGACAAGAUCAUCCAGUACUCGAACAGAGUUGGAUUCGUUCCCGACUAUCUCCUGCAACUGCGACAGGUGCUCCGAUCCAAUCCCGAGCAGGCCACCUCAUUCGCCAAGAUGCUCGUCACGGAAUCGAACAAUGGAGAACCCUUGGCUGAAGUUCAUCAAAUUGUCGACUGUUUCAUGGAAGUCCAAGCGAUUCAACCAUGCACUGCGUUCCUUCUCGAGGCCCUGAAAGGCGACAAAGAAAGUGAGGGAAAUCUUCAAACUCGCUUGUUGGAAAUGAACCUCAUCCACUCUCCGAUGAUGUUCCACCACUACGAUCGGGCUUCUAUCGGGCAGCUCUGCGAGAAGGCUGGCCUGCUGCAACGCGCCCUGGAGCACUUCACCGACAUCUACGACAUCAAGCGCACAGUCGUCCAUACGCAUUUGCUCAACCCUGAUUGGUUGAUCAACUACUUCGGCUCGUUGUCGGUCGAGGAUUCGCUGGAAUGUCUGAAGGCCAUGCUCUCCACGAACAUCCGUCAAAACCUCCAGAUUGUCGUCAAGAUCGCUUCCAAAUAUAACGAGCAACUUGGCACGGCUGCACUCAUUGAUCUCUUCGAAUCUUUCAAGACCUACGAAGGGUUGUAUUACUUCCUCGGCGCGAUCGUCAACUUUUCGCAAGACCCCGAAGUUCAUUUCAAGUACAUACAGGCGGCUACACGAACGAAUCAAAUCAAAGAAGUUGAACGCAUCUGCCGCGAGUCUGAGGUUUACGAUCCGGAGCGAGUGAAAAACUUCCUGAAAGAAGCGAAACUCUCCGACCAACUGCCGCUGAUUAUCGUCUGCGAUCGCCAUAACAUGGUCCACGACCUGGUCCUCUACCUCUAUCGAAACCAGCUGCAAAAGUACAUCGAAGUCUUCGUGCAAAAGGUUAACCCUGCGCGUUUGCCGGAGGUCGUUGGUGGACUGCUCGAUGUUGAUUGUAGCGAGGAUGCCAUCAAGCAAUUAAUCGUCAACACUCGCGGGAAAUUCGACAUCGACCUGCUUGUGGAAGAGCUCGAAAAGCGCAACCGGCUGAAGUUGCUGACGCAUUGGCUAGACUCGCGUGUACAAGAAGGAGCCAAGGAUCCUGCAACGCAUAACGCCCUGGCUAAGAUCUACAUCGACUCCAAUCAGAACCCGGAUCGCUUCUUGAAGGAGAACCAAUACUACGAUUCGCGAGUUGUGGGCAAAUAUUGCGAAAAACGUGAUCCGCACUAUGCUUUCCUUGCGUACGAGCGCGGCAGGUGCGACGACGAGCUGAUCAAGGUGUGCAACGAGAACUCGCUGUUCAAGAACCUUGCGCGAUAUUUGGUGAGGCGACGGGACUUUGGACUUUGGGAAAUCGUCCUGAGCGAGCAAAAUGAGUACAAGAGGGCUCUCAUUGAUCAGGUGGUACAAACUGCGCUGGCGGAGACGCAGGAUCCUGAGGAAGUCUCCACCACCGUGAAGGCAUUUAUGGCUGCGGAUCUGCCAAAUGAGUUGAUCGAACUACUGGAGAAGAUCGUUCUGGACGGCUCUACCGGCUCUACUUUCUCGGAGCACCGCAAUCUCCAGAACUUGCUGAUAUUGACCGCAAUCAAGGCCGACCAAUCUCGAGUGAUGACAUAUAUCCAAAAAUUGGAUAAUUAUGACGCCCCCGAUAUCGCUAAUAUUGCCAUCUCGAGUGAAUUGUAUGAAGAAGCAUUCGCAAUCUUCAAGAAGUUUGACGUCAACAGUUCGGCCGUGAAUGUGCUGAUCGAAAACCUCGGUAAUCUGGACCGUGCCUAUGAAUUUGCCGAGAAAUGCAACCAAUCUGACGUUUGGGCAAGCCUGGCAAAGGCGCAACUUCGUCAAAAUCUGGUGAAGGAAGCUGUCGACUCGUUCAUCAAGGCGGACGAUCCCGGAACUUACAUGGAAGUUGUGGCGAAAUGUUCGGAGACCGGAAAAUGGGAUGAUUUGGUGCGGUACCUCCAAAUGGCUCGCAAGAAGUCUCGUGAAUCAUACAUCGAUACGGAGCUCAUCUUUGCCCUUGCAAAGACCAACCGCCUUGCCGAGCUAGAAGAAUUCAUCUCGAGCCCCAAUCAUGCUCAAAUCACGCAGAUUGGUGAUCGUUGUUACGACAAUGCUAUGUUCGAUGCGGCCAAGAUUCUCUUCACCAACGUCUCGAACUUUGCUAAGCUCGCCGUCACCCUUGUCAAGCUGCAGGAAUUCCAAGGAGCGGUCGAUGCUGCGAGGAAGGCAAAUUCCACCAAGACUUGGAAGCAGGUCUGCUUUGCUUGUGUAGAUGCGGGCGAGUUCCGCCUUGCGCAAAUUUGCGGCUUGGCAAUUGUUGUCCAUGCGGAUGAGCUUGAAGAACUCAACAACUACUACCAAGAUCGUGGUUUCUUCGAGGAACUGAUUGCCCUGCUCGAGGCUGCUCUGGGACUUGAGCGCGCCCACAUGGGAAUGUUCACCGAACUGGCAAUCCUCUACUCGAAAUACAAGCCGGCACGCAUGCGUGAGCAUCUUGAGCUGUUCUGGUCACGCGUCAACAUCCCGAAGGUGUUACGUGCCGCUGAGCAAGCCCAUCUUUGGAACGAGCUCGUCUUCCUGUACGACAAAUAUGAGGAGUACGACAAUGCGGCUCUGACGAUGAUCCAGCACCCGACGGAAUCGUGGCGCGAGCAGACGUUCAAGGAAAUUAUUGCCAAGGUGGCAAACGUGGAAAUCUACUACAAGGCGAUGCAAUUCUACAUCGAUUACAAGCCACUACUCCUCAAUGAUCUCCUGAACGUGCUGUCACCACGGCUUGACCUCUCGAGGACCGUCCAGUUCUUCAAGAAGCUCGAUCACCUACAAUUUGUGCGCCCCUACUUGAAGCAUGUCCAAGCUCAGAACAACAAGUCGCUCAAUGAGGCGCUGAAUGCGAUGUACAUCGAGGAAGAGGAUGCUUCCUCUCUCAGGGCUUCCAUCGACGCUCAUAACAACUUCGACAAUAUUGCUUUGGCCCAGUGCUUGGAGAACCAUCAUUUGGUCGAGUUCCGUCGCAUCUCUGCCUACUUGUUCAAGGGAAAUAACCGCUGGAAGCAAAGCAUUGCUCUAUGCAAAAAGGACAAGCUCUACAAGGAUGCCAUCGAAUACGCUGCCGAGUCUCAAUCGCCAGAGAUUGCUGAAGAUUUGAUUAGCUUUUUCCUGGAAGAGAGACUUUACAACUACUUCUCGGCGACCCUGUACCAUUGCUACGAUCUCGUCCAUCCCGACGUCAUCCUCGAAGAAGCCUGGAAGCACAAGAUCAUGGACUUUGCGAUGCCCUACAUGAUUCAAGUGAUGCGCGAGAUGACGACACGCCUUGGAACCUUGGAGAAGCAAUUGAACGAGCGCAACGAAGAAUCAAAGGAGCAGGCCCAAAGCGGGGGCAUGAUGGAUCAGCAGCCCCUGAUGCUGACAUAUGGUCCGAUGGGCGGGAUGCCGCAACAGAUGCCCGGCUAUGCGGGAGGUGCCCCUGUGAUGCCCCCGUAUGGCGGUCAGCAACCCUACCCCGGUGCUGUCCCCCCGCAGGGCUACAAUCAGAACAAUGGUGGUCACUUC